UUUAAAUGAGCAAAAACCCUAGCCACAUUUGUUUCUCGUCUCCUCCUCUCUCGUCCAAGAGCUAAAAGACGCCGCUCGUCUUCAAGGAAAAGGAUUUAAAAAAAUGAGUCGUGGAGGUGCAGCAGUUGCCAAGGGGAAGAAGAAGGGAGUGUCCUUCUCCAUUGACUGCUCGAAGCCCGUCGAUGACAAGAUCAUGGAGAUUGCUUCCCUUGAAAAGUUCCUUCAGGAGAGGAUCAAAGUCGGUGGCAAAGCUGGUGCGCUCGGUGAUUCGGUUACGAUCACCCGUGAGAAGAACAAGAUCACUGUCACCUCUGAUGGCCAAUUCUCCAAGAGGUACCUCAAGUACUUGACGAAGAAGUACUUGAAGAAGCACAAUGUGAGGGAUUGGCUUAGAGUGAUUGCGGCCAACAAGGACCGUAACCUCUAUGAGUUGAGGUACUUCAACAUUGCUGAGAACGAGGGAGAGGAAGAAGACUAGAAGAGCUACUAUACUCGUACCUUCUUCUUGUUUCUGGUUGUUUUGUUUUCUGCUGCUCUUUGCUCUUCAGUACAAUUUAUCUCCGUUCUUUUUUUGUGACAGAUCUUAUCUAGUUUUGGUUGAAGUUAACUCUUGUUUUAGAGAGUUUGAUAACAAAGUAUUUUUCUAAGGAUCGUAUAAUUGAAAAAUAUGUUAGUGUU